AUGGCUGAUAAUAAUACAAUAAAAGAAUGUGAAAAUGAGAAAGAUUUAUGUAAGAGACAAGUUCGAGCUAUUUGUUUACAUUGCUCAAAAAAUCUUUGUCGUAUUCAUUUAAUUGAGCAUACACAAAUGCUUGAAGAAAAUGUUCGUAGUGAAUUAAAUACAUUAGCUGAUAAAUUUAAUGAAUUAUCAUCAAGAUUUAAUGAUCUUUCGAUAUCAUCGGAGCUUUUAGAACAACCUUUUUCUCAAUUAGAACAAUGGCGUCUUGAUGCUCAUAAUAAAAUUGAUGAAAUUAUUGAAAAGAAACGUCAAGAAAUUAAUGAUAAAAUUGAUGAAUAUAAAAAAUUAUUUACUAUUAGUAAUUUAGAACAAUUAGAAAAGAUUAAUGUUAGUAAAAAAUUAAUUGCAGAAUUGAUUCAAGAUACUGAUGCAUCUCAUCAGCAAAUAUCAGAUCUUCAAACAUCUAUUGAUAAUGCAGAAAACUAUUUAAAUUCAUUUACUACACACAAAAUUUAUACCAUUAAUCAUCCAUUAGUUUGGUUGGUAGAUAUUUAUACUGAUUAUUUUCCUUCCCAAUUUGUAACAUUAACUACUAAAUUACGUGAAUUUAAAAUUACUUAUAUUCGUCUUGAUGGUACCAUACGACAUCAUUAUGUAAAUGUAAAUGUACAUAUAUUUGGAACAAUGAACAAUCUUAUACGAGUUUUUAUUCAACGAUAUCCUUUAUUUGAAGCUCUUAUUCGAUCGGAAUCUGGUUCAGCUAUGUUAACUGAUCACCAGCCGAAAUACGAUUUUAUUUUAUCUGUUGAAGUAUAUGAUCAUCGCAUUCGCACUCGAUAUUCCAACGAUCAUUCAUUAUCUUUAAUUUCAUGUAAUCAGUCAAUUGUUUUCUAUGAAACAUCUUUUUCAUUAAACGAUCGCGAUCAUCCAAAUAUUCUGAUGGCUUGUGCUUUUCGACGGUUACCAAAUAAAAACUCAUUUGGUUGGCCUAUCUAUCUUAAUGUUCCUCGCACAGGAUCUCGAGGUCAAGAUGUACAAGAUGCAUUAGAUAAUUUAUUAGGAAAUUUUUUUCCAUUAAAUCCAAAUACUGAUCAACUUUUAUAUGAUGCAUAUCUUGGAACUACUAUUAAUUAUUAUACAAAAGAAACAAAAUUAGAUACUAUUUUGCAAGAUGAACUUGAUUUCAGUAAAACAGGUGUAACAUUAUUUGUAGAUAUCGCAAAUGAAAUCGUUGAACAAUACGAACUAAAUACUCUAAUCUAG